AUGGACAACGCGAGAGAGUUCAUACUGGAGGACGUCUUGAACAAUAUCAAGGGAUUUCUGGAAGACUUGACCGAUUUGAAAGUCACUGAUGACAUGCACGAGGAGCUCUCGGAGGCCCUGGGACCACUUCUGGAGACCAUGAGCAUGUUGCCAUACCAGAGAUGGCAGUACACAUUCGAUAUGAUUCCGGCUACUCAUCGAGGAGUCCAGAUUCCCUUUGAUCACUCAAAGAUGGACGGCAUGUUUGCUGAAAAGACAGGAAUGGUCCAGGCAUCUCUCUUUCCACAACUUUGCCGGCUAGAAUGGGAUGAUCAAGGUCAGGUAAGUUAUACAGGAGACCAUCUCUUGUACAGUCUGUUGAUCGUAAUCCAGGGCCUCAACCACACUGUCGUCUGCAAAGCGAGAGUCGCCGUCAAGAAUGAUCCUUCCACCAUAACAGAUGGCAUGAGACAAGACACAGAGAUGUCCGAUGGCAUUGACGAUGGAACCAAGACAGACCUAGACACGACGGAGGAUCUUGAAGCAAGUGUCACAGACCUAGACACAACGGAGGACCUUGGAGCAGAUGUCACAGACAAGAGCCAGGAUUUCGUGGACCGCGAGAGGAGUCAGAGCAAGGAGCAAGUUGACGAUGCAGAAAAGGAUGUUGGUGAGCCCAUGGAUGAGGAUCCAAUGACAUCCGCUCUCAGGGCGGGAAGUGGUGAUUACAUUGACCUGUCCGAAACUCCUGAGAGAGAACCCUCGGAGAUUGGUAUCCCAGAUUCUUUUGAUCGAGCUGAGGAAGAGACGAUUGUUCAGAGCAGACGUUGGCCAGCAUAG